AUGUCAUUCAGAAAUUAUUAUGAAACUUCAUCAUACGGCAGAAACCGAGAUAUAGGUAGAAAUACGAGCACUUCUACAGAGAGAGCAGGUACUGUUACAGCAAAGUACACAACAACUCCUUCCUACAAAUCUUCAAGUAUACCCAUAGUAAAUGAUCGAUCUGCUCGAGAAGAAACUCCAAUAUCAGCAAUCGCAAAUCGGUAUGCAAGCUACAGUAAAACAGCUACCGAAAAAUCUUCUCCCAAAUAUGAAAAAAAGGAUUAUUCACUCAAGCUGUCAGUACCUACAAUUAAUACAAAUAAAAGCAGAGAUGGCAGUCCGGUUUCAGCAACAUCAAAAUAUACUCUUAGUAGAACUUCACGUCAUUCUAGUCCUGAUAGAAGACCCAUAAAAAGUUUUAAAGAAAAAAGGCACGGUAGUCCUGUUGAACGUGACAAAGACAUUCCAAAUAAGACUGAUAAGACCUCGAACUAUAGUGGUGUGUCAAAUUACAAGCUCUAUUCCCGUGCAUCCUCUUAUACAAGACCAUCACCCCGUUCGGAAGUAAAGCCAGAAGUUAAUGUAAAUCGUUAUGCAAUUGGAAAUCGUUUAUCUACAUCGAGUUAUCUGAGAAGCCCUACUCCAAUCAAACGUCCUUCUGUGUCGCCUGUUAAUGUAAUUGAUGUGAAUAAAACCGAAAAUCUUAAAGCCCCAAUGUCAAAUGUUCUGGUCAAGGAAGACAGUCAGAAGGAGGUUGUUAAAAAUGAUUGUCUAUUAAAUGGAUCUGAUAUAGUUAUAGAGCCAAAUGAAGAUAUUGAAACUAUUACAGUAAUCACACGGCAUACGUCUCCUACGCCACCAGGUUCGUCUACUUAUGUGAGAAUGAGAAGGGCGGAUAUGGCCAAAACAAUAGAAAAAAUUAUUUCACGUCCAAAGAAAAGACCCACCUUGGUAGAUAAAGAAAUGCAAUCGGAUAGGCUUGAUGAUCCAACUAGAUCGAGUCGAUUUGGCAGUACUGGUAGAACUAGUAUGACAAAUUGGACAUAUUACUCACCUAAUGUUAAUAGCUACACCGGUUACGCGGGAAGAUACUCAACGCAGUAUUCAAAUCUACGAGAAAGUAAUGCUAACUCUAAUGAUAGAAGUAGUCGAAGUAGAAGCAAGGAACCAGUAGAAAACAAAAUAUUAAGCUCGCAAACUGAACAUGAAAGAGUUAAUGACGGACAAACUUCUAAUAAUGCAACAGAAUUUGAGGAAAAGAAUAAUGAAAACAAGAAUGAGGAUACUUCUGAAAUAAUUAUAAACGUUAAUCUCACAUUGAAACAGACACGAAGUUCUUCAGCUGUGUCCUCGUCAGAGUUAAUAUCUCCAGAAAUCACAAUAACUAAUAGUCACCAAUUACCUCCCCAACCUCCUAAAUCAGAAAAUAGUAAUAAAAAUAAGAAAAAUAAGGUCCGAAAAUCUAGUACGGACUCUUCUUCCGAUUCAUCGUCUAAAAAGGUUGUUAAAAAAAGAACUAAAUCAACAAGUUCUACAAGUUCAGAUCAAGGUACCGAAAAACUUCAAAAGGCGAAAGUUUCUAAGAAUAUAAACCAUACAAAAUCAUCUAGUGACUUACAGAAAGGUCCGUUAAAAUUAAAAUAUUCGAAAUGUAGGGAGAAUAAUAGUCCAGAAACAAGUGUCACCUUAUCCACUCAAUCAUCAAUUAGUGAAGACGAAAAUACAUCAAAGUCCAACAUAAAAGACAUAAUUAGAAAUUCCAAAGGGGAAAACUCACCAUCACAGACUGACCCAAUAUUAAAACAAAUGACACCAAAUAAAAAUGAAGGCACGGAAGACGCCAAAUCCUUUUUGAUUCGAGCUUUAGCACCGGUAACGAAUCUUUUUAAAUUGAGACAUCAAGAUAAUUCAGAAUGCGUUCGCAAAGAGAGUUCUGAAGCUGAUUUCAAAGAAUCUCCAAAUAUAAAAAACGAAAAUAGUAAAUCUAAAAAUAAUACUAAAAACAUUAUUGUAUCCAAUGAAGAUGAAUUCGUCACAUUAAAAGGAAUACGACAUGUAGAAUCAGGUGAGCGUUCAAGGUGGCUGGAGUCAGAUUUCGAAAACACCAAUAUGGAACAAGAUCGAAAUCAGGAAAGUUACUCUGAAAACAAAAUUUCGGAAGCAAACAAUUUUAAGAGAACUUUAAAACCAAAUUGUUUUCCAGACGAUGAGAAACCAUGGUGGUUAGAUAGCAGUGCUAAUAUUCCAGAGGGAAUUGAAAGAUUGACUCCUCCAAGGAAGUCUUCUAGUGAUAGUGAUAAAAGUGAAAAGUUUUACCAUUUUAAAAUUCGACAAAUAGAUUCCGGUGAAAGAAAAGAUUGGUGGCUGUCUAAUAGCGAUCAAACUAGUACUGGUAAUAAAUCAGAACUACCUAAUGGUAUCAAAUUAAGCAAAUCUGGUUCCGAUCAAAAAAACUUCCCGAUGAAACGAAUUCGACAUGUUGAAUCUGGUGAGAGCCCUUGGUGGUUAUCUAGCGAAAAGAACAUUCCCGAAGGCAUUGAAAAGUUGCCAACGCCACCACCCCAAGAAGAUAGUGAUUCUUCAGAUUCUGACGAAGUUCAAGAAUACAUACCGCCUAGUCAAAUGCCCCCAUUCCCUUUGCACUCGAACCUUUGUACACGUUUAUAA